AUGGUGUUUAGAUCGAGCAAGUACUGUUACCCAUUGCUGUUCGCUGCUCUAAUGUACAAAGCAUGCACACUCUACCACGCUGUCGACAGUGCGGCUCGAGUCCUGAAGAACAAGUUCUUGGUCGAAGCUACAUGCCUGUGGCAAAUAUCAACAGACUCUCUGAUCACGAUUGCGAGUGGCAUUAUGCUCUGCCGCGCCUGCUUGGUGGAUGGACGUGACGAGAGGGCCGCAUCCUUUAGCGUGCAGACCAUAGCUAUGGCGGAUAGACUCGAUCUAGCCUGCCACUAUCCAGCUUCUGUUACGAGGUUUCGGAACUUGUCACCAGCUGAUGCCCGCUUCCAUGCCUAUAUCGCGUGGGGUCACUUUGCAUUCCACUCCAAGAGGUCUAUCGCCUAUACAGAUCCCGCGCCGGAAUAUGCACCCAAUUGUCCAAUUCCCGGCGGAGACUGGACGCAACCCGUGGCACAACCACCUUAUGCUGGCGAGAUGUCCGCAAUCAUGGCCAACUUCUGGACAGUCAUGCUACCGGCUUGUUCAUACUACUACCUCGUCCGCAGCAGGUCCUUUGCACAGGCACAGCUCCUCGUCAUCGCCGAAAUGGUAUACAAAACGCUCCUCGAUUGGUCCAAGAGCCUCGACACAAUCGCAGCUAGCGCGCCGCGCAGUGAUCUCGCCUUCCAUCACCUCGCAAAUUGUCGAUCCAGUAGCAUAUGCCUCCACGUAAGCAUCAUGGACCUCUUCCGCCCCUUCCUCGGCCUAGGCUACAACCUCGCCUCCUUCAGCGCCGGCACAGUCCCCGAAUCCGUCUUCAUGGCCUCUCUCACCCAACUCAAGCAAACAGUCCUCACCGUCCACACCACAAGCCGCACCGAAUGGCAAAUCCCCAUGUAG